AUGUCAGUUGUAUUAUUCCAGAAUUAUGGAAGCACAGCUUUAAUUGAGGCGGCCGAGAGUGGACACCUUGAGGUUACACAUCUCUUACUUGACAGAGGAUGUGAUAAAGACCAAACAACUUAUUUUGAUAAAAGGACAGCUUUAAUGAAGGCGGCCGCGGGAGGACACCUGGAGGUUACACGUCUCUUACUUGACAGAGGAUGUGAUAAAAACUGCACAGAUAGUGACGGAAGAACAUCAUUACAUUUUGCUGCUGAGGAAGGAUAUCUUGCGGUAACAAAAUGUCUGAUAGAUGAAGGGUGUAGUCCCUGGACUAAGACACACACGGGUAAGACUCCCUAUGAUCUGGCAGCAAACGAAAAGAAUCAAGACGUGGUGGACUUCCUGGAGACUGUCAUGCCAGAAAAAUUCCCUGUGAAACUGCCUCCUCCAUUGCCUCCAAGGAGGCAACAAAAGCAUACAACAUUUGAUGAAGAUCUCAUUCAGACAGGGAAAAAGUCUGCUAUGUUAAACAGGUUACUUGGCAGUGGAACAUAUGAUUCCUAUGACAUGCGCUGUAUGGUCACAGGUCAGUUUGGGGUCGGAAAAUCGACUCUUGUCAAGCUCUUAGCUGGUGAUGUCGUCCCAGAAGGAAGACAUCCUACAGAUGGAAUUUCCCUAAUAGAAGGUCGCUGUGGCCUCGAUGUUGAAACCAAAAGCUGGAUUUAUAUUGAUCCAGAAACUUAUGAUGCCUUGGAUGUUGUUUACAAUAAGGUAUUAAUGACAUCAGUAGAAGAGGACAAAAGACAAGAAGUGAUAACACCCAAAAAACAACAUUUACAGCACUCAAAUCAUGUUAGAAGAGAUGAUAAAGGAAUGACAGGUGGACCUUCCCAACAGCCUCUAUCAGCCAAAUCGUUGUCACCCAAAGAAUCUGACAGUGUGUCCCAUAGAACACCAGAGAAGAAAACACAUAUGAAAUCUAAAAUGACGAGAGAAGAAAUAAGAAAGAAAAUGGAAAAAGUCCUUAAAAGCGGAAACUACAAGAUGAAAGUUGGAAGACUUAUAUUUUGGGACUUCGGUGGACAGUAUGUCUAUUUUACCACACACCAAACCUUCAUGACUUUCAGGGCUUUGUUUCUUGUGAUAUUUGACGGAAGCAAAGGAUUACAUGAGCUAGUCCCUGAUGUUCUGUGUUUUCCAGGGCAGCACCUGUCACCAACCCCAGCAGUAUUUUUGCAACAUUGGGUUAACGCAAUCUUAACCUAUUGUAAGGCAGUAUAUGCAGGUAUUCCUAAGAUCUUAUUUGUUGCCACUCACAAAGACAGAGUACCAGUGGAAGAAGUUGAGACUAGACGUGAACUGUUGUAUAGUGGAGUAAGGGAAUUGUUUGAAGACCAUGAGGGACGACAUCAUCUGGUGUUUGACAAACAAAUAUUUGUCAAUGCUAGGGAUAAUACAGAUCCAGAGAUAGAUGUCCUGAAGCAAAGCAUCACAGAACUUACUUUUGAACAUCCGUGUUGGGGAGAACAAAUGCCCAAUGCGUGUGUUCCUCUGGAAUUGGAGAUUGCUGAGCUGGUAGCAGAAGGAAAACAAAUCUUGUCAUUGAAGGAUGUAGAAGAAUUGAAUGUUAUAAGCAAGGUGUCUGUACUGUCCCCUGACCAACUCAAAGAUUUCCUUCAAUUCCACCACUCCUUGGGGAAGAUUGUGUACUUUGAUACUCCACAGCUUAAAGAUAGCGUUAUCAUAAACCCCUUACUCAUAGUGGAGGUCAUGAGAUCCUUUGUGACAGACAUAGGAUUUUGGCCAACAGAAGAACAAUUGCAGAAAACGUUCGAACAAAUGUCAGUAAAUGGGAUCAUACGACGAGGGGACCUGUACCUUAUUUGGGAACAGAAGGACUUCAAGGCAAUUUUACCAUUCAAAGAAUUUAUAUUCGACUUGCUGAUACAUUUGGAUAUUUUGGCAGAGCAACGGAGAUAUGAUACAACUACAGGAAGUCGGUUACCAAUUGACAAAUUCUUUGUUCCCUGUAUGGUUACAGAGAGAAACACCACCAGCUUCAUGGACAAAGAAUGUACACCAGAGAGAGCUAUAUGCUUAGCGUUUCUUUUCAAAGGGACUAUGAUACCACCAGCUCUACCAAAUCGUCUUAUUAGUGCAUGUCUGAGCAUGUGGACUCUAAAGCAGUACGAGGGACGAAAGCUCCUGUUUUCAGGAUUUAUUGGUUUAUCAUUUGACAAGUCACAUGAUAUUGUUGUAUGCGUUGAAGGCAACAAGAUUCUUCUUUACAUCAUUCACAGAACCUCCUCCGGAUUAAUGGUACCUGAUAUAGCUACAGGUGUUAAGGAAUGCUUGGUUACAACAAUGGAAAGAAUCUCAGAUUUCUAUCAGUCCACAGUUCAUGCAAAACACAGUCAAAAAUCACCUUUCCAUAUCGAAUAUUCAUGUUCCAAGAUGCAGUGCUUCAUCAGAGGGGAUGAAGCUCUGCAGACCAAUAAAUGGGUUUGUGACGAACAUAAACUUACCCACAAAACAGGACACUGGCUUGUUUGGAAUCAAGAUCAGACAACAGAAGAGUGUGAAGAAGAUUGCCAAGGUUUAAAUUGUGACGCUUUGAACAAGACACCAAGUGAUAUUGAACUCUUGCGUUUUUCAAACCACUGCGAAUCAAAUAAAAUGCACGAAUUAGUCACACAUCUUGGAAUGCUUAGGAAAUGGAAAGAUAUCGAAUACAAUCAUCCUAAAGAUAUACAGGUUGCCAAAUUUUUGCUGUUAUCAAAGUGGAAAGAGAUGAAAAAUAAAUGCAAUUUCAAAACUUUGUCAGAAGCUCUGAUCAGCAUGGAUAUAUCAACACACGUGUUGUGUCAAGUAAGAAGAGUCAUAAAAGCAGAAAUAGAUAUUCCAGCCGACUACUUGGACUGUAUCCCAACAGAUGAGAUUCUAGAUACAUUAGCCCCCCUGAUUGGUCAGGUUUUUCUUCAACUUGGGACUGAAAUUGGGCUAUCCAUUCCAACCCUGGAAAAUAUACAGAGUAAUAAUCCUUCAGACUUAGCAGAACAGAAUAGGAUCGUAUUAUUGAAGUGGAGAGAAGAUCGACAUGUCAAACCAACAAUACGGGUCCUUAUGCAGGCUUUGUACAACAUAGGGAGAGGUGCACGUUGUUUAGAAGAAGUUUUAAAGAACGUUGAUCUUGGCACUCUUAUAGUUUCACAACAAUCGACAAAUAAAGGUGCAAUUCCAAAGAAACUAAAAGUAGAACCAGCGCAGAUACCACAGACUCGACGAAAGGUGUCAAAGAAAUGUUCAAUAAUUUAAAAGUAGACACUUCAAGAGAAUGGCCAGAACAGGUACCCAAGACUCUGUGAACGGGUUUAAAGAAAUGUUAAAUAGCUUAAAAGUAGGCACAUUAAGAGAAUGGUCAGAAUAAUUGUGUAAUUCGGAAUAGAAUAUAUACUACAGGAAAAUAAUGAAAGCUAUUAAACAAAUCUGAUUCUCAUUGUUUCAAAAUUUUGUCAUUUUGUUAGUCUUUGCAUUUUAUUCAAUUUGUAUAAUAUAUUUUUUUUAUGUUUAUGUAAGAACAAGUUCUGUAAAAGAAAAACAGUCAUAAUUCUACUUUCUUUUCCACAACAAUCAUUUCUAAAAGGCAUUCAAAUGUUUCAUCAUCUAUUAUGCGAUGUGUUUUGCUAUAACCUUUACUAAUAUUUAUCUUAAAAAUUCAUAACGGAAAAUCAUUUAUCUGAAAGAAAUGCACUUUUAUAAACCUGUGGUCCCGGGUCAAAACUGACAUGCGGGUUGUAUUUUGAUGAGACAGGAACCUAAAGUCAAAAAUAUACGAAAGGAUAACUCCAAUUUCCAUUCAGUUGGGAAAAAAAAAUAUUCUGAAAAAUUGUAAUUAUUUUGUAAAAAUCAGCCAAUAUACUGUGCAUCCAUAAAUGUUCGUUGAAAACCAAUUUUCGUGGAUAUUUUUGGGUACAGGAAAUGACUUCAUAAGUCUGUUUAACUUGUGUCGAAUCCAAUUUGUACUUGAACAAAAAGAAUAUUAUUAAACUGAACAGGAAAACAACGAAUUUAAAACUCCAACGACUCACAAACUUUCCAAAUUAUCUUUGGGACUAUCAACAUUAAAUGAAUCAAAUAGAGCAGGCAAGACAUUUCAGUGUGUACAUUCUUGUUUAAUGAAAUCAUGUAAAUCUUUUGAAAUAAAAUG